CGAGUCCGGUGGGGGGGAAACCCGCUUCUGAACAAGUGAAGCGGAACUCUGGAGUCUCGCGCGCGACUUUCCGAGUGAACAGAGUCAGAUCGCGCUUUAUCAUGUCUUGGAUAUGACCGGAUUUCCGCCACGGUCCAAACGCACGCAACGGCAACGCAAAUGGCGCAGAGAAGAGCACCGCUGCUGUUCCCGGCGCUGAUAUGCGCGCUCGCCGCGGUGAGAGCGCGAGCCUCAGUCAGCGGUGUACCGGGGGGACUGAGCCUGACCCCGCCGUACUUUAACCUGGCAGAGGGUUCGGGCAUCUCCGCCACGGCCACGUGCGGCGAGGAAGACAAUGGAAACCCCAGGACGGAUCUCUACUGCAAACUUGUCGGAGGGCCGACGUUGGGAUUAACGAGCCAAACUAUCCAGGGGCAGUACUGUGACCUCUGCAACGCCAAUAACCCUGAGAAAGCCCACCCGGUGAACAACGCCAUUGACGGCACGGAGCGCUGGUGGCAGAGCCCACCUCUCUCUCGGGGGCUGAGGUAUAACGAGAUAAACGUCACUCUGGAUUUGGGUCAGCUUUUCCAUGUCGCUUACAUCAUCGUGAAGUUCGCUAACUCGCCAAGGCCGGAUCUGUGGGUUCUUGAGCGCUCCGUUGAUCACGGGAAGACCUUCACGGCCUGGCAGUAUUUUGCACAUUUAAAGAAAGAUUGCAUUGAAAGGUUUGGUAAGGAACCUAAUGUCAAGACUGUUUGGGACGAUGAGCAGAUUUGUACAACAGAGUACUCGCGGCUUGUUCCAUUAGAAAAUGGCGAGAUUUUCGUGUCUCUCGUGAAUGGCCGCCCGGGAUCGAAAAACUUCACCUACUCUCCGGCCCUGCAGGAAUUCACAACGGCUACGCACAUCCGCCUGCGCUUUUUACGCACCAACACACUGCUGGGGCAUCUGAUCUCCAAAGCUCAGCGUGACCCCACCGUGACACGCAGGUAUUAUUACAGCAUUAAGGACAUCAGCGUCGGGGGACGGUGUGUGUGUCACGGCCAUGCCCAUGCAUGCGGAGUGAGAGUGCCAGGCCGGCAGAAUCUACUCCAGUGCGAGUGUCAGCACAACACUUGUGGCGAAUCAUGUGAUCGUUGUUGUCCUGGAUACCACCAGAAGGCGUGGCGUGCGGCGACAUCCGACAGUGUCAGUGAAUGCGAGCCUUGCCAGUGCCAUUCGCAUGCCACAGAUUGCUAUUACGAUGCCGAGGUGGAGCGUAGGAGAGCGAGUCUGAACAUACACGGCAGGUACGACGGUGGAGGCGUGUGCACUAACUGCCAGCACAACACAGCCGGGGUGAACUGUGAAGUGUGUGCCGAAGGCUAUUACAGGCCGUAUGGCGUCCCCGUAGAGUCUCCUACAGGCUGCAUACAUUGCAGGUGUGACAGCAGGACUACAAGCGGCUGUGAAAUGGGUUCAGGAAGAUGCCUGUGCAAACCUCAAUACAGCGGAGACCACUGCGAUCACUGCGCCAGAGGCCACCACAGUUUCCCACAAUGCACUCCAUAUGCAGAUCACCUGAUUAAGACUACCACUCCUCCUCCGACUGGCAAUGUUGUUGAUUGUCCUGUGGGGUUUUUUGGCGCUCCCAACUGUCAACUGUGUCUGUGUAAUCGAGUAGGUACACUUCCAGAGAUAUGCAGUGAGUCUGGAAGAUGUUUAUGCCGCCAUGAGGUUACAGGACAGAGAUGCGACCGCUGUCGCCCAGGCCAUCACUCCUUUCCAUACUGCUAUUCAUGCCUAUGCGACGGGCCUGGGGUGGCCGAUGGAUCAUGUGAUCCUGCAGGUCAGUGUCGCUGUCAACCCAACUACACCGGCCUGCAGUGUGAACAGUGUACCCUGGGAUACCACUCUUACCCAGCAUGCUCUCCAUGCCAUUGUUCUCGAGAAGGCUCUCUUGAUGGGUCAUGUGACCCAAACACGGGUCAGUGCGUGUGUAAUCCUGGUGUGACGGGACAUCGGUGUGACAGCUGCUUACAACCCGACCAGAUUUUUCCUGAUUGCUUCGCAUGCCUAUGCGACGGGCCUGGGGUGGCCGAUGGAUCAUGUGAUCCUGCAGGUCAGUGUCGCUGUAAACCCAACUACACCGGCCUGCAGUGUGAGCAGUGUACCCUGGGAUACCACUCUUACCCAGCAUGCUCUCCAUGCUAUUGUUCCCGAGAAGGCUCUCUUGAUGGGCCAUGUGACCCAAACACGGGUCAGUGCGUGUGUAAUCCUGGUGUGACGGGACAUCGGUGUGACAGCUGCGUACAACCUGACCAGAUUUUUCCUGAUUGCUUCGACCUUGACAGCUCCUGCAAUCCAGCAGGGUCAGAUGAUGACACUAAGGAUCCAUUAACGGAUGCGUGUUUCUGCUUGCCGUAUGUAGAGGGAGCCGAAUGUGAACGCUGCAAACCGCUGUACUGGAACCUGGAUCCUGAAAACCCAGCCGGCUGUAUUGAGUGCAUAUGUGAUGAUAAAGGAACUCUGAGUGGUGUGGGUGAAUGCCAUGAGGAAAGCGGCGAGUGUUCCUGCAAGCCCAACGUUUGCAGCCCCGCCUGUGAUACGUGCGACGACGGCUACUUCCUGCUGCAGAAGAAGAACUAUUUUGGCUGCCAGGGCUGCCAGUGUGAUGUGGGUGGGGCUACAGGGCGUGGCUGUGACCAGCUGAGUGGUCAGUGCCAGUGUAGGAAACACAUGCGGGGUCGAACGUGUUCUGAGCCAGAGCCCAACUUCUACAUCCCUGACCUCCAUCAUCUAAAGUUCGAGGCGGAGAACGGCAUCACACCCAACGCCCGCCCCGUACGCUUCGGCUACGACCCGAACGAGUUCCCGCAAUUCAGCUGGAGAGGUUACGCUACGCUCUCACGUGCACAGCCAGAGGUGAUGGUGUAUGUCAUAGUCACCUCCCCUGGUCCCUUUACCGUAAUAAUGCGCUACAUGACCGCUGGCCUGCACACGUCUGUGCGUGGGAGGGUCGUAUUGGUGGCGGAUCGAGCUUUUCCUCUCACUGCAGCUAGUGAAGUGUGUGUGAGUGUGCAUGCCAAUGAGACGCACCCUCCUCACUUCCUCAUGAUGCUGCGCUACGCUAACCAUAACGGAGCCCACGUGAGCGGUCGCGUCACUGUCACACGCACCCGGAGCACACCAGGGUCUGGAGAUAGCAAAGAGGUACAGUUUCCACCCAGCCGCUCUCCUGCCUUCCUCAUUGUUCCUGGAGAUGGAUUCGCUCAGCCCUUCACUCUCAGUGCAGGAAAAUGGAUUGUGUGUGUGCAUGCUGAGGGAAUCCUGUUGGAUUACUUGGUGCUGCUGCCCAGUGCAUACUAUGAAGCUAAGAUCCUGCAGCAGGAGAUCACAGAGCCGUGCACCUACCAGUCCAGAGACGGCAACUGUCUCCUCUACAAGCACGUGCCAUUGGAGGGGUUCCCAUCAGCGCUGGCAUCUCAGAGCCUGAGCUCUACACAGAGACACGCCCGCGUAAGACAACCCACCGCCGACCAUCCCGACCUGGUGUCCGUAAACGGCGGAGAGCUGAGCCUGACUCUACACGUCCCUGAGUCCGGCUCUCAUGUCCUGGUUCUGGAAUAUGCCAACGAAAGGGAUGAUAUGCAGAACGUUUACGUCUAUAUCAGUGGACAGGCACGGGACCGAAUUCGAGCCAGAGCAAACAUCUAUAGCUGUGCUUAUAGCUUCCUGUGUCGCUCUGUGGUGGUGGAUGGACAAAACCGCAUCGCUCACUUUCUUCUUCCCCCCAAGGCUGAGAUUCUUCUGCAGUCCCCCACACACUCAGUCCUGCUGUACCGAGUGUACGCCAUCCCUUCUGACGGGUUUAGCAUGGAGCUCAUCCAGCCCAUGGUGUACUGUGUAUCGCACCAUGGCCGAUUCACAGAGGACAGUAAGCACUGCAUUCAGAGUCAGUUCUACACACCGCCCACGGCGAUCUCUUUAGACACCUCAGCCGUUACCCGGCCGUCCAGAUUCAGCACUCCGGCUUCAGGACGGUGUGAUGGACUUUUGCUCAAAUCACCUCAGACUGAAGUGGAACUGGCAGCACAGGUCUCUCAGACGGGACGCUACAUGUUUGUAGUGCACUACUGUCAACCUGAGCACACGUCUUUCCCAGUAGAGGUGCUUCUCCACUCAGGAGAGACGUGGACAGGUCACAUAAACGCCUCGUUCUGUCCGUCAGUGUCCGGUUGCAGGAGUGUGGUUAUAGCGCAAAAACGCAUCGCUCUGGAUGUCCUCCAGCAGACUCUGUCUAUCACUCUGAAAAUUCCAAAUGGAAAAACCCUCACUUUGGAUUCAGUCCUGGUGAUUCCAGAGGACAACUACAGCCCUGACCUUCUCAAUCCUAAAACUCUGGAUUUGUCUCCGGAUUUCAUCAACCAAUGUAGAGCUGACGGAUUUUACAUCGACCCUCACAGAGCCUCGGAGUUCUGUAAAAGUUCGGCUCGCUCCCUGGUCGUUCGGUACCUGGACGGAGCUUUGCCUUGCUCUUGCGAUAAAGCAGGAUCCACAAGUCCUACCUGUGAGCCAACAGGAGGCCAGUGUUCCUGCAGGCCGCACGUGAUCGGGCGUCAGUGCUCUCGAUGCGCCACGGGGUUCUAUGGCUUCCCAUACUGCAGGCCGUGCGAGUGCGGCCGGAGGCUGUGUGACGAGGUCACGGGUGAGUGUAUUUGUCCCCCGCAGACGGUGCGUCCCACGUGUGACGUGUGUCGGAGAGAAACCUUCAGCUAUCACCCGCUGCUGGGCUGCGAAGGCUGCGACUGUUCACCGACCGGAGUCCGUAAAGGAGACACGGGACAGUGCGACGUGACCACCGGCCAGUGCACAUGUAAACCCAGGAUCGGAGGGCGGCAGUGUUCGCGGUGCGUCGCUGGUUACUAUCGCUUCUCCGACUGUGUGGCGUGCUCGUGUAACGCCGGGGGUGUGACCGAGCAGAUCUGCGACCCCGACACUGGAUUCUGCCUCUGCAAGAGAAACGUGGAGGGGCCGCGAUGCGACGUGUGCCGAAAGGGUUCGUUUUAUUUCGACCCCAGCAACCCGAAAGGAUGUACCGAGUGCUUCUGCUUCGGCGUGACGGAUCAGUGCCACAGCUCUGACAAACGCAGGGGAAAGUUUGUGGACAUGCACUCAUGGCGCUUGGUGACCCCUGAUCAGACUGAGGUUGCGAGUGUGUUGAACCUGCUCAGUAACACGGUGGUGGCUGACGUUCAAGAACUUCCUACAUCCGUCCUGCAGCUCCACUGGGUUCUGCCUCAGUCGUACCUCGGGGACAGGGUCUCAUCUUAUGGGGGCUUCCUCACCUACCAGGUCAAAUCUUUUGGUCUCCCACGUGAAGGAAUGAGCCUCCUGGACAAACAACCUGACGUCAUUCUCAAGGGAGAAAAAAUUGUGGUGGUCUAUCAGGACCCUCAGUCACCUUUGCCAGACAGGGUUUAUCAAGGUCGUGUACAGCUUGUGGAGGGUAAUUUCCGGCACAGUGGGACGAACAGACCCGUGUCCCGAGCAGAGCUGAUGCGAGUGCUGGCUCGGCUGGACGCCGUGUGGAUCCGAGCGCUCUAUUUCACACAUACUCAGAGACUCAGCGUGGGCGAAGUGGGCCUGGAGGAGGCCAGCAGGGUGGGCACCGGGGCACCAGCAAGCACCGUGGAGGUCUGCUCCUGCCCACCCGAAUACACCGGCGACUCUUGUCAGAGAUGUUCUCGCGGUUACUAUAGAGACCGAAGCGGCCGCUGCGCUUCCUGUGCAUGCAAUGGACUUUCAGACGAUUGUGAUGAGAGUACAGGGAGAUGUCUGAACUGCCAGGGCAACACGGCGGGAGAUCACUGCGAACGCUGUAAACACGGCUACUAUGGAGACGCCGCUAUGGGGACCUGCAAGAUCUGUCCGUGUCCACUUCACCUGGAGAGCAACAAUUUUGCUGUAGGCUGCAGCGAGGUACAUGGGAGAAUUCGGUGUCAGUGUAAGCCGGGAUACGCAGGAGAAAAGUGUGAGAGGUGUGCUCCUGGAUAUUUUGGCAGACCUGAGGAACACGGAGGCAGAUGUCAGCUGUGCAACUGCAACGGGAACUCCUGCUCUUCAACCACUGGAGUGUGCAAUUACAUACAGGAUCCCAUCGAACCUCCCCCUGCAGAGGAAUGCAUAGAAUGUGACAGCUGUGCUCAGACCUUACUAAACGAUCUUGAGAGGCUCGAUAGCGAUCUGGGGCGGCUCAAGGCGCAGCUGGAUUCUCUCAAUUCCAGCUCUGAAGCUCAUCGGCGUCUCAAACAGCUUGAGAAAGCCAUUUCCGAAGCAAAGAACAUGGUGAAAACAUACACGAGUGACGUGGAAAAGCUGCGGCCUAAAGUAAACGAGCUCGAGCGGGACGUACGCACCCUGACCACAGACAUAAACAAGCUGAAACAGGAGGCUGAGAAGAAGUUGGACGAGGCCCAAAAAGCAGUGAAAAAUUCAGAGAACACCCACCAGAAAGCGAAGGAUCUUAAUGACCAGGCACUGGACAUGCUCAAGAAAAUCCAAGAGCUUCUGAAGCAGUUGAACAACAUGGACGGCAGCAGCGGAGGAUCUCUUCCUUCAGGAGAGGUGGACAAAAUGCUGAAGGAGGCUGAGCGACUGGUGCAGAUCAUGCAGGAAAGGAGCUUCAAACCCCAGAGGGACGCAGCAGAAAAGGAACUGGACGAGGCGAAGAAACUCCUAGAUUACAUUAAGAACACCUGCACCAAGCAGCUGAAUCAGAACCAGAAAGCAGCCGACAAGAUCAGGGAGCUCCUGCAGAAUUACGAGGACAAACUCAAGGACCUGGAAAAGUCUCUCAAUGAAGCUAAUGAGACAGUGCAAAAAGCCAACACACAGAACACACUCAACGCCAAGACCCUCAACGAUCAGUUGGAACGUAUUAGAAAUUUGGAGAAAGAGAAAAACAAAGUGGAGGAUGACAUCAGCAAGGCGAAGCAGAAGCUGAAAAGUGUCGAGGACCUUCUGAAGAUGCUUCUCGACAGCAAGAAGGAAUAUGAGGAGAUGGCUGCUGAGCUGGACGGAGCGAAGACCGAGCUGACGGAUCGAGUGAACAGCAUCUCCCAGACGCCGGCUCUGGAGGGACGCGUGAAGAAGGCUGAGGACCAUGCGGCUCUGCUCAACAAGCUGGCUAAUGAACUGCAGCAGGCCAUACAGAACUCGAGUGGCCGUGCGGACGUGAAAGACGCCCUGGCCGCGAUUGACGCCUACAAAAACAUCACAGAGGCAAUCAAGGCAGCAGAGGAGGCAGCAAAGAAGGCCAAGGAGGCAGCUGACAAGGCAUUGAGUGAUGUGACUCGGGGUGAUAUAAGCAACAGGGCAAAAGAUCUGAAAGACAGCGGUACAACACUCCAAAAAGACGCUAAAAAAGCAGAGGAAAACCUGGCAAAUCUUUCAGAUGAAUUAAAGGGGCAGCAGAAGCGUCUAAACGACGCCCAAAAGAAGAAACGCCAGCUAGAGGGAGAUCUGCGAGACAUCAACAAAGAUCUAAACAAUAUUAGAAGAGAUGACAUCACUACAAUAAUCAGUAUCGCCAAGAGAACAGCACAAGCAGUGAACGCUUCAGCCAGCGACACCAUGAACAAGCUGAAGGACAUAAACGCAGAAAUCGAUGCAAUUAAAGCACUAAAUAUCAGCGGAUCUCCAGACCAGGCCAACAUCAACCGCAUUCUCAGUGACGUGGACACGGCAGUGAAAAACCUGAGCAGCUCAAUUCCUUCGCUACUGGAUAAAUUUACUCAGGUGGAGAAACUGAGUUCUGAAAUCGACCCCAACAACAACAUAUCCUUCAACAUCAUGCACAUUAAAGAGCUGAUCGAGCAAGCACGCAGCGCCGCUAACAGGGUUCCUGUGCCCAUGAAAUUCACUGGCUUGGAGCACGUGGAGCUGCGACUCCCUCGAAACCUGGACGACCUACAAGCCUACACGUCCAUGAGUCUUCUCCUGCAACGUCCCGAACCCGAGAUCCGAGGGGACGGCAGACGCAGACGUCGCCAGGCACCCAAAGACGACGGCGAUCUCUUCGUUCUCUACCUCGGCAAAAAGGACGCGACUAAGGAUUACCUCGGCAUGGCUCUGAGGAAGAACGUCCUCUAUUUCGUUUACAAGCUGAACGGAGAUGUUAAGGAGAUCAAGUCGAUGGACAUCACGCUCUCCAAACCCGAUCGGACCUUCUUCGAUAAAGUGGAUAUGCGCAGGAUUUACGAAGACGCCCAGGUGAACCUCACAAAGUUAUUCACCACCAACAGCCCAGAUCGAGAAAUAUCGAACUCCGAGCAGGGAAACGCUCUUUUCAACCUUCUGAAUCUCAAUACCAGUGAGGCGGUCUUCUACGUGGGAGGUUACCCCAGCGACUUCACCCCUCCACCACCUCUUAAUUACCCCAGAUACAAGGGCUGUAUUGAGUUCAACAUGUUUAACGAGAGGUUAAUAAGCCUCUACAACUUUAAAGCACUGGGGCCCGAGAAUGUCAAUCUACAGCUGCCGUGCAAGAGAUACAUUCGGCCAGCAGAGGGGGAAUACCUUGACGGCACGGGUUAUAUUCAGUUACUGCUCGAGAAGGUGCCGAAGGUGCUCAGUAUAAUACAGACGGUGGAGACUCGAGCUGAGAACGGCAUCAUCCUGUACAUCGGAAACGAGAAAUCAUACUACCUCAUCACUUUAGAGAAGCGUCACUUGGUGUUGAGUGGAAGAGUUGGAGACCAAGAGCUGGAGACUAAAAGGAGUAGUGAGACAGUGGAUGUGAUCUGGGAGCUCAGGGUGUUCUUUGACGUCAUAAACAAGGUUGUUCUGGUCCGGAUCAAGAACAAGGAGGUGGUGAAGGGUCCAUAUGUUUCUGAAAAUUUUGACAGCUAUUAUAUCGGUGGCAUUCCCUCAGAUUUGAGAAAGAGAAACAACAUCACUGCGCCACCACUGAGAGGCUAUGUAAAGGAUUUGAAUGCAGUCGGUAAAACUCCAACUCCACUGAAUAAAGUGGGUGUUGGACGCAACUAUAGCAUCGUGAUGAUGGCAUUACGGAAGGCAGAGUUCAGUGCGGGCAGUUCACUGGAUUCUUCACCCACAGGAUUCAGUCUGGAUGAAACUACGACAGUCUCGUUUGGAUUCAAGAGCACUGGGAAGAACGGCGUUCUGCUGCAGAACAAACAGGCUAACAAUGAGAUCGGGGUCUCAAUGGUGAAUGGGCAUGUGACACUAAAGUACCAGAACCGCGCUUGGAGAUCCUUAAAACAGUACCAAGAUGGACAAUGGCAUUAUGUUACAGUCACCAAUAAGAACGGAGGAACGGAUUUCCAGAUCGACGAAAGUGACACUGGAGUGGAUAUUACACAGUCUCCUAAUUUCAGCUUCGACAGCGAUAAGGUCACUCUGGGCGCGGGCUCUUUCACAGGCUGCAUAUCCAACGUCUACCUGAGAAGGUCUGAUGCUUUGUACCAGCCAGAGGACUUGAGUGAUUAUUCCUCAUCAGGAGACGUAGUGCUGGAUAAGUGCAAAUCUGAGCGUCAACCUGAGGAUAUUUGGGAUGACCGGAAGAAGAAUGGAAAAGAAGAAAUGAAGGAUGAUGCAGUCUCUGGUUGCUCGGUCCCGACUCCCAUCCCGCAGUCCUUUCACCUCACCGGUGCUUCCAGCAGCCUCAGCUACAUCAUGCCAUCUCGAGCUUUCACACACAGGGCCUAUAUUUCAUUAGACGUCAGAUCCAGGUCGUCAGAAGGUCUCCUGUUUUACAUUCCAUCCGAGCAGGAAAAGUAUCACCUGGCUCUUUACGUGUCCAAGGGAAGAAUCCGUUUGUCGGUUGGCCGUCAAAGGGAAAUCUUUAACAGGGAGAAGUACAACGAUGGAAAGUGGCACACGGUAACACUGAGUCUGGAGAAGCGCAGGUUUCGCCUGGUGAUUGAUGGUCUGAGGGCGCAGGAUGGCGUGUUGAAUCCAGGAGAGAGCUCCUCCAUCCAGCUGGGUACAGCUGUUUACCUGGGCAGUCCUCCACCACACACACACACUGACCUGAAGUGGAAGAUCUUGCCGAUGCACGGUGUGGUCGGGUGUGUUCGCAAUUUCAGGAUAAAUGGCUCAGCGCUGGCAGCACCAGCGGUAAAUCGUGGUGUAGGGCCGUGCUUUGAAGGGCAGAUGGUUAACGCGGUAUACUUCUCAGGACAGGGAGCUCACGUCAUCAUCGACGAAUCAUUUCUAUUGAGCCAGAAGUUCGAGCUCGUCUUCGAAUUGCGUCCCAGUAACCACAGUGGCCUCCUGCUGCACGUAGGAAACUCUGACAAUCAUCUUACUGUAUACAUGAGGAAAGGAGAGGUGGUGGCCCAGGUGAAUAACGGUGGAGGGCGAUUCGAAGUGUCCGUUCAGCCAAAGCAGACUCUGUGUGACGGCUUGUUCCACAGAAUAGCUGUUAUCCAGAGGAACCAUGUAGUGGAGAUGCACGUGGACACCGAGGGCAGGUACACAAUCGGCCCGAGCUCGUUUUCUCCCGCCAACCACAGAUUUCCUGUUUAUGUGGGUGGAAUUCCAGAUCGACGAAGGCUCCCGUUCAUCCCCGUUACCGAAUCCUACGUCGGCUGUCUCCAAAAUAUGCUCUUUAACACGGAUGUGGUGGUUUUUGAGAAGCUCUCGGCAAUAUUCGGACCUGUAAACGUGAGAGAGUGUCCCGCUAACCUAACAGCACCUUCUCCACACUGAAGUCAUUUCCACUGCUGUAGGAUUUCAAUGUAAGUUCAGGAAAAAAACAAUAAUGUUAUAGAACUGCAUCCUGAAGUCCCUUGUUGAAUUCAGUGCCCUCUGAUAAUAUUGGCACCCUAGAUAAAAAAGAAUCAUAAAAA